CCUACACAAAAUUAGCACUUCUCUCCAUUCUUCCAUUCUUUGCUAAACUUUCUCCUCCAAACCAUGCCAGAAGCUCCCAAGAACCCAUCUGAGGAUGUCACUUUGGAGAAGAGAAACAACAGGGCACUACAAUUUCUCGAAGAUGUUACUAGUAAUGCUGACCAAGUUCAGAGGCGGGUUCUGGCUGAAAUCCUCUCUUGCAACGCCAAUGUUGAGUAUUUGCAGCGACAUGGCCUCAACGGACGAACAGAUAAUGAAACUUUCAAGAAGCUGUUGCCCGUUGUCUGUUAUGAUGAUUUGAAACACGAUAUCGAACGUAUUGCCAAUGGGGACGCUUCACCGAUCCUUUGCUCCAAACCCAUAUCCGAGUUCCUGACUAGUUCUGGGACGUCUGGCGGGGAGAGGAAACUGAUGCCAACAAUUGAAGAAGAAAUGGACAGAAGAACGUUGUUUUACAGCCUCCAGAUGCCGGUGAUGAGCCAGUUUGUUCCGGGUUUGGACAAAGGGAAAGGAAUGUACUUUUAUUUCAUUAAAUCCGAAUCCAAAACCCCUGGGGGACUGGUGGCUCGUCCUGUCCUAACCAGUUAUUACAAAAGCGCACAUUUUAAGGACAGGCCCUAUGAUCCUUACACCAACUACACAAGCCCAAACCAAACCAUUCUCUGUGCUGAUUCUUACCAGAGCAUGUACUCUCAACUGCUCUGUGGCCUAAUUCAAAACCAGGAAGUUCUUCGUGUCGGUGCUGUUUUUGCUUCUGGAUUUAUUCGAGCUAUCAGGUUCCUCGAAAAACACUGGGAAGUUCUCUGUAACGAUAUUCGAACUGGAAUCCUAGACUCAAAAAUCAGUGAUGAGUCUGUUAGAGAGUCAGUCGCCAAAAUUCUCAAACCAAACCCGGAGCUUGCUUGUUAUAUUGAAUUGGAAUGCAGGAAAGGAUCGUGGAAGGGAAUUAUACCUCGACUGUGGCCUAAUACCAAGUACAUCGAUGUGAUCGUGACCGGGACCAUGUCGCAGUAUAUCCCGACACUUGACUAUUACAGUAAUGGUCUGCCUCUUGUUUGCACCAUGUAUGGAUCUUCCGAGUGUUACUUUGGACUGAACCUAGAUCCAUUAUGUAAGCCUAACGAGGUGGCUUACACCCUUCUUCCUACCAUGGCCUAUUUUGAAUUUUUGCCGGUGAAUCGGAUAGCAGAAUUUGCAGAUUCUGGCUUUGAACCGCUGUCAAUGACCGGUGAGCAGGAUCAAGAACUUGUUGAUCUUGUGGAUGUCAAAUUGGGAGAAGAAUAUGAGCUCGUUGUCACUACAUACGCUGGUCUUUACCGUUAUAGAGUUGGGGACAUACUCCGUGUGGCUGGAUUCAAGAACAAGGCACCUCAAUUCAACUUCAUAUGCCGGAGAAAUGUUGUUCUAAGCAUUGAUUCUGACAAAACCAAUGAGGUGGAAUUGCAAAAUGCAGUCAAGAAUGCAGCAGAAUGUCUUCUCCCAUUUGAUGCCACCCUUACAGAAUACACUGGCUAUGCAGACACAUCAACCAUCCCAGGCCACUAUGUGCUAUACUGGGAGUUGAGCCGCAACGGUGAAACCUUAAUUCCUCCUUCGGUGUUGGAGGAUUGUUGCCUUGUAAUCGAAGAAUCUCUCAACAGUGUCUACCGACAAGGCAGGGUUUCCGACAAGUCCAUCGGGCCUCUGGAGAUUAAGGUGGUGGAGAACGGGACAUUUGACAAGCUUAUGGAUUUUGCUAUUAGCCAGGGUGCCUCAAUAAACCAGUACAAGACUCCAAGAUGUGUAAAAUAUACUCCAAUUGUGGAGCUCUUGAACUCAAGGGUUGUCUCCAAUUACUUCAGUCCAAAAUGCCCCAAAUGGGCUCCGGGCCACAAGCAAUGGUGCAGUUGCAGUGUGCAGGAGUGAAGAAAGUGUUGUGUAUGAAGAGAAAUUAAGCAGAGGUUUUAUAUUGUCAUAAAACUACCUAAAUUCGCCAAGGCACCCAUGUUCCUCUAGAAAAUUUAAAUUAUGGAAUAAAUUCAUUUUAGCUUU